AAUAAUUAAUGAAUACUUUUUAAAUAUUUUUCCUAUUUUUUUGUUUUUUUGUUUUUCCCGAUCUCCUAAUCUCAUACUCAGUUAUUGUUUUGCUGUCGUUGUCUGAUCAUCACACACACACACACGCACCACCCCAAUACAAUGGAAUCUAGACUGUGGAAACGAAUCCUUGCAAUUUAGACGGAUCAAGGCCGUUGAAUUUCGACAAUUCCGCGGGUAACCGACAUGACCUCGCCGGAGGAUCUUCGCUGCAGGCGAAACGCUGGUGCGAAGUGGCGGUGCAGCCAAACGGCGAUAAUUGGGAAGUUGUACUGCGAAAAGCACUUUGCGCAGCUGGAGAGUCGGAGGAGGAAGAGAAUUCCGAAAGAAGGAAAAGGCUGCAGCCAUUCGGGCGACACAGAGAAGCUAACCGGUGGCCGGCAGGGUGAUGACAGCAGAUCGAAGAAAAAGAAGAAGAAGAGAAGUAAGAGAGAGAGUGAUGCAGCGGAUGAAGUGAGUGAGUCCGAGUUGGAUCGGGUUCUGGAGAAACCCAGCAAGAACGAGCGUGUGAGUUUGAUGUGUCACCAGUGUCAGCGGAAUGAUAAGAGUGGUGUUGUGCACUGUACCAAAUGUGGAAGAAAGCGCUACUGUUAUGAGUGCAUUGAAAAAUGGUACCCCGGGAAGACUAGAGAGGAAUUUCAGGUUGGAUGCCCAUUUUGCUGUGGAAACUGCAAUUGCAAAGCUUGCUUGCGGGAGGUUCUGGUUGUGAAGCCUUACACUACGAACAUGGAUAACAAUGUGAAAUUACAACGGCUACAGUACUUGCUCUAUAAAGCUCUGCCUGUUCUCAGGCAUAUUUGUAGACAACAAAGCUCGGAGUUAGAGAUUGAAGCCAAAAUUCAAGGUGUUGGUGUUCAACUGACUGCAAAGGACAUAACAAGAGUUAAUAUGGACAAAGAAGAGCGUUUAUACUGUGACAAUUGUAACACAUCCAUUGUUGAUUUCUUCAGAAGCUGCCCCAUACCCAGUUGUUCUUAUGAUCUAUGUCUCACUUGUUGUCAAGAACUAAGGGGAGGUCGCCAAGCUGGAGAUGUUGAAGCAGAAACAUCUUGUCGACAACUUGUCCAAAGAGAACGUGGUCAGUUGGCUGAUAGUGAGGACAAUGCCAAUGCACAAAGUCAAAGGCAUGGGUGGAGCAGUCAAGUUGCCCAAGCCGCUGUUGAAUCUUUUCCCGCUUGGAGAGCUUAUCGCGAUGGUAGCAUUCCAUGUCCUCAAAAAACGUGUGGAAGUUGUGGAACUCUGACCCUGCAACUGCAACGAAUUUUUAAAGCUAAUUGGGUAAAUAAGUUGCUAAAGAAUGCAGAGGAUCUAGCUAUUCGUUAUAAGUCGCAAGAUAUUGAUUCUUCUCAACGAUGUUCUUUGUGCGAGGCAAGUGGUUCUAAGGAUAACAACAAUGUAUUGUCUGAAGUGAGACAGGCAGCUUUCAGGGAAAAUGAUGAAGAUAACUUCUUAUACUGCCCAAGUGCUGUUAGCAUGAAAGAUGAUGACAUCGAGCAUUUUCAGAGGCACUGGAUGAGGGGGGAACCUGUGAUAGUCAAAUGUGUUCUCGACAAAACAUCUGGUCUUAGUUGGGAACCCAUGGUCAUGUGGAGGGCCUUCAGGGAAACAGGUGCCAAUGUAAAGUUCAAAGAGGAGACAAAAAGUGUGAAAGCCAUUGAUUGCUUGGAUUGGUGUGAGGUUGAGAUCAAUAUUCACCAGUUUUUCAAGGGCUACUUAGAGGGACGUAUGCAUCAAGAUGGGUGGCCAGAGAUGUUAAAAUUGAAGGAUUGGCCCUCUUCAACUUUGUUUGAGGAGCGUCUGCCCAGGCAUGGUGCAGAAUUUAUUGCAGCACUCCCUUACAGUGACUAUACCAAUCCGAAAUUAGGUCUUCUUAAUCUUACUACAAGACUUCCUGAUGACUUACUGAAACCUGAUUUAGGACCCAAAACAUAUAUUGCAUAUGGGUUUUCUGAAGAGCUUGGUAGGGGUGAUUCGGUGACGAAGCUUCACUGUGAUAUGUCUGAUGCGGUAAAUGUUCUGAUGCACACAACUAGAGUGAAGAUUUCUUCCUGGCAAACUGAAAUCAUAGAAAAGUUGCAGAAUGAAUAUGCAGCUGAAGACCUACAUGAACUAUAUGGAGGAAUAAAUGAGGAUAAAGGCAGAGUUAACAGAGAAUCACCGAAGAGAACUAGCAAACUUGAAACUUCAGGGAGUGCUUUUUCAGAAAAAAAUGAAAUUCAUGGUCUGGACCCAAGAAAGUCAGUCAUUGACCCCUCCAAGGACGCUGCUGAUGGUGGUGCAGUUUGGGAUAUUUUCCGUAGGCAGGAUGUUCCUAAGUUAGUUGAGUACUUAGAAAAACACAGAGAGGAAUUUCGCCAUAUCAACAAGCUUCCUGUAAAAUCUGUCGUUCAUCCUAUUCAUGAUCAGACUCUUUUCUUGAAUGAGAGACAUAAGAAACAACUGAAGGAGGAGUUUAAUGUGGAACCUUGGACAUUUGAGCAAUACCUUGGAGAGGCUGUUUUCAUUCCAGCAGGAUGUCCUCAUCAAGUGAGAAACAGACAGUCAUGCAUAAAGGUUGCUCUAGACUUUGUAUCUCCUGAAAAUGUUGAAGAAUGUGUCCGGUUAACAGAAGAGUUCCGUUUGCUCCCAAAGAACCAUAGAGCAAAGGAAGACAAAUUGGAGGUGAAAAAGAUUACACUUUAUGCUGUUAGUUCAGCCGUGACAGAAGCCAAAAAACUAAUCGAUGGCUGCUCUGAUUGAGAGAAGGUAGAAGCUAGGGAAAUAGAAUACUGAAACUGGAGGACUUAUAAAGAUGAAAGAUACUAGUCAGCAGAUUCUCAUAUGGAAGUACAAGGUAGAGCGUUGAUCAUGGUUAUACUAGUCAACAAACUUAACAGAAACUAUACCAUUCACUUGCGCUUGUGGAAGGCUUUGAUCUUAUUGUCUUUGCAAAUUCUAAAAGUGUUUCCAGUGUGGAUUUUAUUGUUGUUAUCAGUUUAGAUCAUAUAAGUCGAAACAAAAUUUUAUUGUCAAUUUGUACAAUCAUGCAAUAAUAACUGAGAGUGGCAAUUGAUGGAAUGGAUAAAUAAUUUAGUUUA